AUGGAUGCCGAUGUCGAUGACAUCGAUAUCAAUGAUGAUGAUGACGACGAUGCUGGUAUUUGCAGCAUCGCUAGUGACUUCCACAGUGAGGACGAUGAUGCCCUCACUGGUGAAGACAUAGUUCUUUCAGCAGUGCACACAAAGGCGAAGCGCACUGCUGUUGACAAGGAUUGA